UUGGGGUAAGAUAGAUGAAAGCAGAAGCAGUGCUGAUGGAAGCAAGAAGAGGGGGUCCGCUACGGUAGCUAGCUAGCUAGUACGCUGUAGCUAUUGAUAGUGCCAGUCAGUCCAACAUCAAAGCUGAACUUCAGUCUGUUUCUUAGCUCAUAAGUUGAGAUUGGCUCGUCCAUUUCAUCUACGAAGCACAGCUACUACAAGCUAGAGCUAGCUAGCUAGAGCUAAAGCACUCACAAAGUGUUUCCCUAACACCAAACCACCUUUCUACCACCUUUCUGCUCUGCCGGAAGUCUACUGGUACCAACAGCACUAUCUUCCUCUGUCAUCUCAUCCUCAUCCUCAUCCUCAUCUCAUCCAACUAACUAACUAACUAACUAACGAACGAACUAACUAAGCACAGAAGAAGAAUGAUGAAGCGGAGCCACAGUCCUGAAGAAGACGCUGACUUUCAAGGCGACAAGCGAGCCAAGCUCUCUGCAUCAGACAACACCAACUCCGGCUCAGGCUCAGGCGCGGAUUGGGAAACUCUGUUUCAGCGGCUCGUCACGUACAAGGAACAACACGGACACUCGAAUGUUCCUCUCCACAAUGAAGAUGAUCCAGAGUUGGCGCAGUGGGUGGCCAAGCAGAGAGAGCUCCGCAACAGCAGUCAAAACGCUCCAGUAGCGGCGGCAGCAGCAGCAGCAGCCAGUAAUCAGGAAUCCUUGACGGAAGAGCAAAUGGCCAAGCUAGCUCAGGUCGGAUUUGAAUGGCAACCACGCAAUCCCCGUCACCUUCAGUGGGAAACACGCUUCAGUCAACUCCAGAGCUUCAAGAAAAAGUACGGUCAUGCCCAAGUGCCAAUUGGCUGGUCCGAAAACGUACAACUGGCCAAUUGGGUCUCCAAGCAACGUCAAGAGUACAAGAAUCUACUGCGGGGACGAACUACAAGACUCGACGAGAAUCGCAUUCGUCUCCUCAACUCGGUUGGAUUUGCCUGGCAACUCCAACGAGGAGGACGCAGGCGACAGCUCAAAGCGCGUUCCUCAAGUGGCAGCAAGGGAAGUGACGGUGACUCGAGCGGGUCCGAAAAGGAAGGAACCGGAAACAACGAGGGACCCUGCAUCCUCCCCGGAGAAGUACUCAUUGGACAAGGAGCUGCGGCAGCUGCCUCUGCCAAUGACAAUAGUAACAUGCCCAUGUCUCCCACCAGUGCGGGAAGCAUUGGAGCUCCCGAAAUGCUCCGAAGACAAGUCAGUGGCAACAGCGCCGCCAAGCGAAUUCGAGAAAGUCCCAUCAAGGCCGGAUUGGGUGGAGGCCCUCUGGGUCUAGUCGGUGGACUCGGUGGGGCUGCUGCCGGAAGGUUUCACCCGGCAGGGCUCGUACAGGGACCCACGCCCUCUCCCUUGGGGCAGUCACAGCCCCUUCGUCAGUCCUUGAUCUUGCAGCAGAUGCAGCAGCAGCAACCACAGCUUCCACAAAUGCAAACCAUGGCGGCAAACUCUGCUUCUGCUGCUUCUUCCGCAAACGUCAUGAACAAUGCCACAAUGGGAUUCCCAUUCUUUGCACGUGGGAAUUCUGCCGGGGGCAAUCCCGGUCAAGGAGCUGCUGGAACCGGAACGGCUGCCAACAAUGCUACCAACAACAAUGAUCUCAUUGAAUACAUGUUGGCGCGCAAUGCACUCUUUCAAAACCUACAGCGCCCCGCCACCACCACCACGAACAACUCCGCCGCCCUCCAAGCAAAUCCAACAUCCUUGCAAAUGCUGGGAGCCACUGGAGGAGCCACGGGAAGUGCCUUUUCCAGAAUGACUGGACUACAAGGAUCUUCCACCACCACCACCACAUCCUCCUCCACAUCGGCACAGAAUGCACAGUCCCAAUUGCUCUCCGCUGCUGCCGUACAACGAAACUCCUUAUUGCCCAUGUUGUCGUCGUCGUCCAACCGAGGUGCUGCAGGUCCAUCCUCCAACACGGGCCUCUUGCCCGCCACCAACUUUGGCGGUCCUUCGGUUGGUGGUGGUCAUGGUGGUGGUAGUACAGGAGGAGCAAAUGUACCCAAUGCCCGAGAUGUGUCCAACAUCCUCGGUACUACCGGCACCAGUAGUGGUCACACCAAUGCUGCACGAGAUGUCUCGGGCCUUUUGGGUCCAACGGGAGGCAGCAACAGCAAUGCUGCUACUGGGGGCAAUCCCUUGUCGGCGGCUUCCUUUCAAGAUGCGGUCCGUCUGGGCGGCUUUAUGGGUCUUGGCAAUACUACGAGUACUACUAACACCAACAGGAGAGCAUCCUUCUCGGAAGAAUCCAAGGUGGGCAACCGAGGAGGAUUUCUUGGUGAACAAGGCCAGUCACAGCACCAGCCCACACAGAACUUGCGUUCCAGUCUCCUUGGAUUUUCCUCGGGAGCUGUUGGAGGCAUGAACAUGAACAUGAACACUAUGAACAUGAACAACCUGGGAAACUUGUUUGGAAGUACUAGUAGUGGUAGUGGCGGCGGCGGUGGAAAUCCUGGAUCUUCUGGACAGCAGCAACAGCAACUCCAGCAACAGCAUCAGCAGCAGCAACCCAACUUUGGCGGUUUGGGUAUGCAGCAAUACCAGCAGCAGCAAAAUCCACAAGGAGGCAAUCGUGGUUUCCCUGGCAACAACUUUCCUCCCUCCAAUUAGAAUUGCUUUGGCUUAAAAAAAAAUGAUAUAUAUUUUGAAUGGUACAGUACAGUAACUACAAUAACUACCUUUUAGAGUGAACCGAUAGAUGUGAAA